AUGGUUAUAUUAAACGAUCGCAAGAGUGAUAUAAGUGCUGAGGGAGUGUUCGGCGACUUUCUUCACUAUAUGCUCACAAAAAUUAAUAUAAGCUAUACAAUAGUAAGGCCUAAAGACAACCAAUGGGGUGUACAUGAGAAGGGAAAAUGGACUGGCCUGUACGGUAUGAUUUACAAUAACGAGUCUGACAUGAUAUUGGGUCCGUCGGCCAUCACUUCUGAGCGCAAAUCAAUUGUCAAGUUCUCGGAGAGUCUGUACACCGACGAGGCGGCCAUUCUGUGUGCGCCCUCUCGACAGCCCUAUUACAAAGAUAUAUUCGCUCAUUUGAAGCACCUAGAUCACAUCACUUAUUUGGCAAUCAUCGCAUCCACACUAUCCGUGGCUAUGGUUUUGGCCAUUGCGAUUGAUAUGUAUCUGAAACUGAAUGUGGGGACAAUAGUAUUGAUGGUGUACUCAAUAAUGAUGGUAUUGUUUUGGAUUGACAUCAAUAAAGUGAUCGGCGCUUAUUUGGUCACUAAUCAGGCGGAAGAUGUGAUCAAAUCUCUCGAAGACAUUGUCGACAACAAGAAUAUUAUUCCCAGCGCUAAUAAAGGCGGUAUUUUUCACUACUAUUUUAAUAAUAAAGACGACCCGAUAGAGAGCCAAAUCUGGUCCCGAAUGGUUGACCACAACAAUCAGGGUAUUAUAGCAACGCAUGAAAUGAGUGGCGCGGCCUUUAUCGAUGAUAUCAGAGCCAAAAGGCGUGUACUUAUCAGUGUUAUGAGUGGAGUGGUUCUCAAUGUGAUCAAGUUUUGUCAAACGGAUCCCAAACUCAAUCUCUUCAUAUCCACUAAC